AAGUAAGUUAAUGCAUCAUCUGCAUCAAUUAUUUUUAUUUAUUUAUUUAUCUAUGUUUUUAUUUGAAUUUUUUUGCUCACGUAUUUUGUUAUAUUUUAAAGAGCUGUUUUUAGACUAAUAUAGGAUGAAAGAAAAACGAAUGUAUGUAUAUGCGGCACAGAUAGUUUUUGUUUGUGCAAUAUUCAUUGCCCGUUAUGUUGUCUACAUGUUAAUAAUAAAAGGUUCCAGUGAAGUAUGUGCAAUAGGCUUCAACGCGUUACAUUCUGAGCAGUCGACGGACGUUUAUCAAAUUGUAUAUAACACCAAAAAAUUUCUAUUCAUUACAGUCUUAUCAAUUGGUUUUUUGAUUUAUAAUAAACAGAAAGUACUCGGCGAGGAUUUCCUGUUUUGGUUUAUCGCGCACCUUAUAACGGAAUAUCCGGAAAUGGAACAAACCGCACCAACUAUCAACUAUGGUGUCGGUAUGGCGUGCAGUUUCUUCGAAGGCUAUCUAGUUCACGUGAUUCCGAGCGAUGGAGCCAAAUUCGUGGGUUUCGAAGAGAACAUGAACAUUUAUGAGGCACGUCAGGGGAUAGUGUUCCCUGUCAAGAGGCUGUUCAUAGUGAUAACGAAGUCUCUCUACUGCCCGCCUGAUCUGAAACAUUUUAACAAGAACAACAGGAUGGAUAUACCGUAUUUGGAGGCCUGUCAGUCAUUAGAAGACGUGGAGAAAGACGUGGCUGGUGUGAAGAAUCGGACGUAUCGCAACACAGCGUACAAAAUAUACCGACCGAAGAAGUCGCCGGUGUAUUUGGCGGCAGAAUGUGCGACGCCACUGCACACUUUGCAUCGCGUUUUGGAGAAGACUUCUCUCUACGAAGAAUUAGCCAAUGUGAACGUCCAAAACAUCGUCAACGACUUCUGCAGAAUGCUGCGCUCUAUAAUCGCCAAGAGUCCAGAGUGUAGAAACAAGUGCGAGCUCGUUUAUUUUGACGAUACUGACCCCACACAAAACCUAGCGGACGUAUUGCUGGAUCGGAUACGAUUAUUGGAACCAAAUUUCGAGAAUUUAAAAAAUACAUAAUUAGGAAUUCUGUGAUAUUAUUAAUUUUAAGUUGACAGCGAUUUUUCGUUAAGUUUUGCUAUAAAAUUGUACUCAUCUAGUUCCUCAGUGAUGAUUUAAUGAUAAGCAAUUAUUUUUAGUAGGGGGAAUCAUUACGAUACGGUUUAUUUAGAAAUGAGUCGUACAGCUGACUUGUGAUAUUAAAAUAUCAAUAUGAUGUAGUGUUUCGUAAGAUUUUUGUAUGGCAACCCUAUUAACAUCUGUACACGCUGUAUUUAGGGUUGCAACACAGGCAAAGAGAAAAACAAAUUCCCGCGGAGCUCUAAUGAGAUUACAUUAUCUUUGGUGUUAUUUUGUGAACAUGUAUAGGUACAUACACUAGUAAGUAAAAGACUGUUAUUUAAGUAUAAUACUAUUUUUUGAUUGAUGAAUGAUGACACAUUGUGACAAAUAAUUUCACCUCUGUCCCAACUGGCGACCAGGAACCAAGCGACAUCUGGUGAGCGGAAGGUUUUUAUUAGCCAUCAUUCAAAGUCCGAGUUAUUGUCUAGUAAGCGCGAGCCAAUGACGAUAGAGCAAAGCAGGGUAUAAGUAGCGGCACGAAAGUCUAGCGGUGACCGUUAUUGCGCAUAAGUCGCGCUGAUUGGCUCGUGCGUAUCGUUCGCACGCACUGAUUAGCUCUCCAGUUGCAUUCGUGCAAUUCAAUUCGUGCGCGUCCCCUCCACGUUUCGUUCAGCGCUAGACAUACAUGCCGCGACUUGUAUCUAUAGGGUCAUUUACUAAAUUAAGCGCAGAUUACACUUCGUAUAGCUUAAGCGUAUAGUUAAUUGAUAUGCACGUGCUAUAAGCACGCAAGUAAUCUAUGUAAUAAGUGAAACGUGGUGAAAUUUAAAAAAUGCAGGGUUUUUUUUUUAUAUAGCGCUUGUGAUUAUCGGUCAUUAAAAAGUAAAGAAACGUAUGCGUAGGUAACACUGGGUAUCUUCUUUCUUUUCCGAAAGGAUAUGCUAAAGCUUAAAUUAAUUUUUCCAUGGUGCCGGCGAGCUUCAAACUCGGCUUGGCCACUUCCUAAAAAAUUUUAAACUCCGCUAAAAAGGUUUUUUUUUUUAAAUUUGAAAAAACAGAUUCCUAAGAAGUUCAAGAAACAUAUCGUCCUAUGGUAUAAUCCGUUUUUUUAAAUAUCAAUUCCCUGUAAAUAUAGUUUGUUUGUUUGGCAACAUAAGAUUAUUACUGUUAUUGUUAUUUUAUUUAACAAUUUAAAAUAAAACGGCCUUCUGCACUGUAGAGUGGGUUGUAAUUAGAAAUAAGAUGAUUUUAGUUCCAGAAAUUAGGUUAUUUUUAAGGUACUUACGUAAUUAUGUAUAGCUACUAUAACUGUUUGUUUUUAUUUUGGAUUUUAAUUUUUUUAUGUGUCUUUUCCGUUACGGCGGUUUUAUAUAUCACACACCGUGCGGGCUGGAAAUGAACGCAGCCAAUUUUAGCACUAUUUUAGCCUUGGUCUGUAUGAUACACCUUAAAUUAUACCUAAAUCUAGGGUUUGAUUCUUUAAGGUUGAUUUAUCUUGGUCAACUGAUAUAGGAAUAUUCAUUGUUAAAACAUUUACGGCGUUACUCAUAAAAAUCGAUGUCAAUUAAAAAAACCUAAAAAUUGCUCUCUCUCUCUCUCUUCUCCCGCUCUCCCUCUCCCCCCGCUCUUCCUCCCCCCUCCAUCUCCUGUCUCCCUUCCUCUUCCGUAUCUCACUACCACUCCCUCCCCCUUCUAUAUCUCUCUCCCUCUCACUCCCCCUUUCAUAUCUCACUCUCCCUCCCUCUCUCGCACUUCACAAAAUGACAAUAGAAAGAGACAGGUAUAUAAGUAUAGAUAAAAGUAAGCAAUAACAAACGACGCCGUUAAGUUUUUUGAUGACUACCUUUUUGAGGAUUUUUCAUGACACACUGAUAGAUAUAGAGACCGAUAGAAGUACAACGAGUUAUAAUAUUCUUUUUUCGUAAAAAUAUUAAUAUAUACGAGUAUUGAGAUAAGGAUAAAAGAAGGCCAAGAUUUAUUUAGCGACUAACAUCUGAGCAUAUUAUAUUCUUACGUAUUUAUAAUUUUUAAGAUUUGUUUUAUAUAUUAUAUUACUGAUUUUAUAAUGAUAAUUUUAUAGCCAUUCAAAUUAAAAUGAAUACUAAUGUUGUGUUUAUGUGUUUU